GGGGGUGCAGCGGAUGUGUGGCGAGGAACUCUAGACGUGUACCGUGGUUGCUGCCGCUGCUGGGUGUCAUUCCUCUUUCACAAUUGUGUUGCAUCAUUUAGUGCAAUCGGAGUAGGCUACAGUUGAUGCAUGUUUGCUUCGAUUGGGCUAUCGAUCCCUUUCUCAGGCGUAUGUAAUCGAGCCCACUCGAUGUGUGAUCAUGUCUAGUACACAGUCCCUAUCGUCUGAUGUUUCUCCACCGCCUGUCAGCGUGGCGAUCGAAGGACCUCGUCGUGCAGGCCCGUACCUCCUCGGGCCUCGCAUCAACACGGUUAGCACGUCGCCAGUGCGAAGCAUUGUGCAAUGUCUUGCAAAACGCGACGGUACGGACUGUUUUUAUGCAAUCAAGAUGUUGCAGUUCGACGGACAGCCGCAGGCUGAUCGCCAAGGCCGCAUGCUGUUGCACACAGAGUAUUCUCUUCUGUCUCUGUUGGCUGAUCAGCGAGGUGUUGCUCAUCAUCAUGGUUUGUUCCCGGACACUUACGAAGGGCCUGAGUUGAACGAGGAGGGAGUGAUGGUCGCGAGGCGAGAGAAGAGACGUCUUUGUUUGGUUCUUGACUGCACUAUAGCACAUGAUUUCAGUCCGGCAACGAGGAAUCUAAUCAACCUACAACAUUACGUCAUCAGGGAGAAGAAACUACCAGAAAUGGAAAGUCUCAUCAUAUUCAGAGACAUCGCGAAGACCGUGAGAGACGUUCAUGCGAGAAAUAUUGUGCAUCGUGAUCUUAAGCUAGGAAAUAUGGUUUUAAAUGAGAGCACAAAAGAGGUUAUAAUCACAAAUUUCUGCCUUGGUAAACAUCUUCUGAAGGAUGAGGAACUGCUGGUAGACCAGAGAGGCAGUCCUGCUUAUAUCAGUCCUGAUGUACUAAGUGAUGCGCCGUAUUGUGGAAAAGCAAGUGAUAUGUGGGCUCUUGGAGUUGUACUCUACACACUGCUCUUUGGUAUAUUCCCAUUUUAUCACAGUGUCCCAGCCGAACUUUUUCGCAUGAUAAAGGCAGUGGAGUACUCAAUUCCAAGCAAUAUUGAUGUCUCACCUGAGACAGUACAUUUGAUUUGUAAUUUACUAAGACACAGUCCCAAGGAACGGUUUACAGCAUCCCGGACCCUUUGGUAUGUCGAUGGCCUUGUACAGAAGAGGGUACAGACUGAACAACAAGAUGACCAAGUUGUUCCUAGUAUUCCUCUUCCUUUUAAUGAUGCAGAGAAGACUAAUAGUAAAGAUACCCCAUCAGGUGAAUGGGCACAAGACAGUCAGACACAGGUUGAAGAGCCUGAUGUGACAGCUGCAUUUACCCCAAUGGACAGAGUAGCUUCCGUACCUUUUGUUGAACCACAAAGAGGAAAAAAGCGUAAGAGGACUACAUCAGAUCAAGGCCGUGACAGCUUGAAUGGCAAUCAACAAGAGACUGUUGUUACAUUUGAUAGAACCUUCACUUUUCCUCACAUAAUUGCUAGUAAGUCAUCACGAAUUCCCAUCACUAGAGUGAAGAGAGACACAAGACCUUUGACGGAGGAAGAGCUAAACAUAAUUAGACAGCUUCCGUAAACCAGCUCAUUUUACGAGACUGAUGCUGUAAAUUGACAUGCAUAUAUAUAUAUAUAUACAUAUACACUACCAACAAGAUCUCCAACUUCAGU